AGCAUCGGGACACUCAGCCAAGUUUCAGUCACACAGACAACAUUCCUCAGAAUGUUUUAGUUAUAUCCUAUGUUGCAUGGUGUCAGAAGAGUUCCCUCCUGUGUGCUGCAGAGGCUGUCCGGCUCAGAGGCUGCAGGCCUGGCCCAGCAGAAGGAGCUGCUGCUACAGAAGCUGGACACCUUUGAGUCCACAAACAGAACUCUGCGACUCCUCCUCAGAGAGCAGCACAGGGCCCAGAUGGAGUCAGAGCGAGUGUCGGAGCAAAAAGACGCAUUUCUGAAGAGACUGACCGACACAGAGGCACACAACGCUCAGCUUGUGGUAAAACUUCAAGAGAAGGACAGAGAAGCGAAUCAACUCUGCAGACUUCUGGACAGUGAGAAGGACAAUGCCAAGAGCUCAUCUGAUUUGUCCAAGAGUCUGGAUUCAACCAGAGCUCAUUUACAAGGACAGCUACGGAGCAAAGAGGCUGAGAACAAUAGGCUGACUGUGCAGAUAAAGAACCUGGAGCGAGCAGCUAGCCAGCAGAAGGUGGAGAUGGAGCGUCUGACGGAGCAGCUGGGGGGGCUGAGGCGGCAGGCCGGUGCAGAUCGAGAGGCUCUGAAACGCACCACGCGAGCUCAGAAACAGCGGGCAGAGCGCAGCGAGGACACGGCGGGCCAGCUGAGUGUCCAGCUGCUGGACAUGGUGCGCUGCUCUGAAGAACUUCU